AUGUGGGUGUUUAAGUGCAAGCCUGGUCGCGAGCAGCAUCUUGUGGUGGCACUCAUGAACAAGUUUGUUGAGUUUGCACGCCUUGGUGGACCUUUGAUGGUCAAAUCUGUGGUGGCCUCCAACUCAAAGGGCUUCAUCUAUGUGGAGGCGGAGCGCAAGCCGCACGCGAGAGAUUGUCUGAAUGGUUUGCGUGAUGUACAGCAAUGGUUGAUGAAGCUGGUGCCUAUCCAUGAAAUGACGUCGAUUUUGGAUGUUCAAACGCGGAGAAAGCUGCUAGUCGCUAGCAUUUGGGCGCGGAUGAAGCGCGCGGGAUUGCACAAGGGUGAUCUGUGCAACGUUAUUGAGAUCCUUGACAAUGGGGCGUGUGGUGUGGUGAAAUCGAUUCCGCGGCUGGAUUUAGUUGUUUUGUCUGGAGGGGAAGAACUCAAAUAG